UCUCUCUCAAGAGUAAAUAAACAUUGAAAAAAAUUUAAUUGUGGCAGCCAACACACAUCAAACACUUACCAAGGGCCAGUUACUGUCCUAAGCAAGUUUUAAGUGUAUUAAUUCAAGUCAUGCUCACAACAAUCCUGUGAAGUCCAUACUGUUGUUAUGAUCCCCAUUUUACACAUGAGGACAUUGAGGCACAGAGAGGAUAAGUGACUUGUCCAAGCAGUCACACAGACAUAAGUGGCAGAGCAGGGUUGAAUCCCAGAGUUACCACUUGCUACCCCUACAUGAGGCCACAUGAGGUUCAGGUCCUGGCUGGGGUAGGGCCUAGAGGUUGGCCAUCUUCCAGGCUGUUAGAAGUCGGGGACCAGGGCAACAAUGUGUGUGGGUGAUUCUGCCCCGCCUGUCUGCCUGGCCCAAGAGGCCCAGUUACCUGCUUUCCCCUCCUUACUCCUGCACCAGGCCACCUCUGCAUGAGUUUAUUCUUGUUGUUAUCAACUAUCAUUAAUGACGUGAUGUGAGUUUCCUUGUACUUUGAAAUGCCUUCCAAAGUGACUCUGGCUUUGUUGGCUAUGUAACCAUUGUUUACCCAUUUUACAGAUGAGGAAACCUAGGCCUUGCUAUUCAUUCUACAUUGCCAGCUAGAUACCCUUGUCCCUCUCAGCUCUGGUUUUAGAACUGUCCUUCUUCCCAACAUUCUUGGUGUCCGCCAAGAGGCAGGAGAGGCCACAGCUGAGGGGACACUCCCCGUCAACACCCAGCCACCUACCUUAUGGCUGCUGCCUCCACCAGCCCUAAACAGUGAAGCAGGGAGAAAGGGGGGUGGAUGAAAGGGGCCUUUGUGUCCCUUGCCGGAAAUCUCACCCCCAGGAAGAAAGGUGGGCAGGGUGAUGGGAGGCCUCAAUAGCAUGUGUGUGGGGCAGGGCGUUGUUGCUGAUACAGAGCUCCCCUCCAGGCUUGGCCCACCUGCCAAGUGGGGAGGGAGGUUUCCUCACUCUGCUCUUUCACAUCACAGCAUGGGCUGCUGCAGGGGCCCGGGUUGGGCUUGGGCCCUGAGGUCACAGAGCAGAUGGUCCCAAAUGGAGCACAGGAUGUGUGGAGUAGCCUCUGUCUGCCUCCAACCCAGGACCCGGCCCCCUGAGUUCUGAGUCCACCCGCUCUUAACGCCUCUGUGAUCAGAAUCAGACCUCUUCACCUGUCCAAGCCCCAGCUUCCUCAUCAGCAAGCUGGCUAUGAAGAGGCAAGACUCCUGACUGUGGCCCAUGGACCUCUGAGGAGGCGUCGCCUUGUCCAGCCAUCAGCCACGGCCUCUCGACAGCACCAGGAUGGAAGUCAAAGGUCAGCUGAUCAGCUCUCCCACCUUCAAUGCCUCAGCUGCCCUGUUUGGAGAGGCUGUCCCCCAGAUGAAGUCAGAGCGUCUGCGGGGGCUGCUCGACCGGCAGCGGGCCCUACAGGAGGCCCUGAGCCUGAAACUUCAGGAGCUCCGCAAAGUGUGUCUCCAGGAGGCGGAGCUGACUGGCCAGCUGCCCCCCGAGUGCCCGCUGGAGCCUGGUGAACGGCCCCAGUUGGUCCGCCGGCGGCCCCCUGCGGCCCGAGCCUACCCUCCGCCGCACCCCAACCCAGCACACCACUCCUUGUGCCCUGCUGAGGAGCUGGCUCUUGAGGCGCUGGAGCGUGAGGUGUCUGUGCAGCAGCAGAUUGCGGCCGCCGCCCGCCGCCUGGCCUUGGCCCCUGAGCUGAGCAUCGAGCAGCGCCGGCGCCGGCGCCAGGUCCAGGCAGACGCGCUGCGGAGGCUGCAUGAGCUGGAGGAACAGCUUGGGGACCUCCGGGCCCGCCUUGGCCUCCCGGUGCUCCCACCGCCGCAGCCCCUACCCCUGUCCACAGGGGCAGUUAUCACGGCCCAAGGAGUCUGCCUGGGCACGCGCCUCGCUCAGCUCAGCCAAGAGGACGUAGUUCUGCACUCCGAGAGCAGCUCCCUGUCAGAGUCUGGAGCCAGCCAUGAUAAUGAGGAGCCCCGCAGCUGCUUCCCUCUGGCCGAGCGCCCCUCGCCGCCCAAAGCCUGGGACCAACUGCGGACAGUGUCGGGGGGCAGCCCUGAGCGGCGAACCCCAUGGAAACCACCGCCGUCAGAUCUUUAUGGGGAUUUGAAGAGCCGGCGGAACUCUGUGGCCAGCCCCACCAGCCCCACACGCUCGCUGCCCAGGAGUGCCUCCAGUUUUGAGGGGCGAAGUGUGCCUGCCACCCCUGUCCUCACCCGGGGCGCUGGCCCCCAGCUCUGCAAACCCGAAGGCCUCCAUUCUCGCCAGUGGUCCGGCAGCCAGGACUCCCAGAUGGGCUUCCCCCGGGCGGACCCGGCCUCCGACCGUGCCUCCCUCUUUGCAGCCCGCACCCGCCGCAGCAACAGCUCUGAAGCCCUGCUUGUGGACCGGGCGGCUGGCGGGGGAGCUGGCUCCCCGCCGGCGCCUCUGGCUCCCCCUGCCGCUGGCCCCCCGGUCUGCAAGAGCAGUGAGGUGCUGUACGAGCGCCCCCAACCAACCCCUGCCUUCUCCUCCCGCACAUCUGGCCCCCCAGACCCUCCCCGGGCUGCCCGGCCUAGCUCAGCUGCCCCUGCCUCCCGAGGGGCCCCCCGGCUCCCACCUGUGUGUGGGGACUUCCUCUUGGACUAUUCCCUGGACCGGGGCCUGCCCCGCAGUGGUGGUGGGGCAGGCUGGGGGGAGCUGCUGCCUGCGGCUGAGGUCCCGGGACCCCUCUCCCGCCGGGAUGGGCUCCUCACCAUGCUUCCAGGUCCACCACCUGUAUAUGCAGCUGACGGCAGCAGCCCCCUCCUCCGCAGCAAGGAUCCCCACACCCGUGCUACCCGCACCAAGCCCUGUGGCCUGCCCCUGGAGGCCACCGAGGGUCCAGAGGUGCAUCCCAACCCUCUGCUGUGGAUGCCCCCGCCCACCCGUAUCCCCCCAGCUGGUGAGCGCAGUGGUCAUAAGAACCUUGCCCUGGAGGGGCUGCGGGACUGGUACAUCCGCAACUCGGGACUGGCCGCCGGGCCCCAGCGCCGGCCUGUUCCCCCCCACAUGGGCCCACAACACCCACCCUUCCUCCAUGCCCGCUGCUAUGAGGUGGGCCAGGCGCUGUAUGGGGCCCCCAGCCAGGCGCCGCUCCCGCACUCGAGGAGUUUCACGGCACCCCCUGUCUCCGGCAGGUAUGGGGGGUGCUUUUACUGAUGGGUAGGGGUCUCUGGAGGCAGAUGGCAAAGGUGUCCAGGCUGGGGAGCAGCCAGUCAUGGUAGCUAAUGACUCAGACCACGAGAGAACUAGCUGCGGCCUCAGCACAGGGUCUAACCUGCAUGAGUCCGCGGGGGCUUGGUGGAGAGGGGUGUCUUGGGCCCUGGCAGCAGCAAUUUUCCACCAAGCCAUAGAAGAAUUGUAAUAUUGGAACAAAACAGUGCAUGUCAGCUGAAAAUGAGCCUUGAAAGCAGGGUGCUGGGAGGAAGGGCCUCCCGGGCCCCUCGUUUUUCUCUUCUUCCUUUUUGCUGUGCUCCCCAUGCUUGCAAGCCCAGACGUGCUCUCCUGUGUCUGCCUCCGCCUCUUUAACGAGCUUCUUUUCCUCUCUUUCUGUGUCUUGUUUGUCUUUUCCUCUCUCCUCUAUCUUGCCACCCUGUCUGGAUUCCUGCUACCCCUUCUAAAGAUACUACGCGGACUUCCUGUACGCUCCGGAGCUGAGCGCUCGUUUAAGUGACCUGACGCUAGAGGGGGAGCAGUCCUCCAGUUCUGACCCCCAGACCCCGGGGACACUGGUCUGACCCCUUCUGAUACGCUCCUUGUUGGCCUGGGCACGGCUUUAGUCUGGGGAGCACACAGCUGACCUCGCUGAACCCUGGGAUGUGGUUGCUCUCAGUCCUGGGGGGUGCGGAACCUGAUCUUCCAAGGCCCCUGGCACCUUGUGGACCCACGAAGGUGUCUGACACCCUGUUUCCCCUCUCACACUGUGCUGGGAACUGGGGCCCUCAGCCAGCAUAAAAGAGGGAGGAUGGUGUAAUGGGGACUCCGAGCCCCUUCCAUUUCUGUUUACAGUUGUGAUUUAGAUAUUCGCUGUCUUCCCCCAACGCUAGACGUUUUAUAAAAGGGAAACUGUGAUCUCGUCCUGGUUGGGCUCAUUCCUGUCCCCAUGCCCAGCCUGUUCCAUUCAGGAACCCCUCCACAAAACGGAUCAUAUAGGGUCUCAGGGCCCUGUUUGGGGCAGCCAGGAGACUCUGGUGUGAACAGAACCCCCUGCCACCCCCCACCAGGGCAGUUAUUGGGGAGGUGGGCUCUCUGCCUGCAAUUGGAAAGACUGAAGUCUGGGUAGGGGGCUUGGGUUCAUUUUCCUACCCCCAGGGGUGCCGGAAGGAGCCCCAGUCCCUGUCUGCCUGUCUGUGCCCGCUGCCUCUGCCCACAGGACUAGAUGGCCCAGCGUUUGGUGGCAGCCUCUGCCCUAUCUAUCCCCAGUCAGGAAGCCCUGCAGGAGGGGCUAGAGGGCAGAGCCAUCGGGUGUGUUGUGUCCUGGGAUGCUGCGGUGGUGGAAUCUGGCAUCUGGUGGAUGCCAGUAAAAUCCUCAGGUGACGUCUGGCCACAGGCUACGUCACGUCUUCCUUGGCUUUCGUUCCAUCCACCACUUUUUAAAUCUAUACAAGCUGUGUUUUCUAUGAUACCUAUCUGUGACUUUCUGGAGCUGGGGGUCCCCCUACCUCCUUUACCUGGUGUUAAACUUUUCUUUUUCUACCAAUGGACCUGGGCCCAAGACACUACCCACACUGGAAGGGGAUUUCUAUAAUAAAUGUGUAAACUGAA